CUCUCCGGUGAUGGGUUGAGGAUGUCUCCCGGAUCAACCGUCAGCUGUUAGUGGGGGAGGGGAAGGAAAGGAGUGACACCCCGAGGCCGGGCCGACGAGUGGGUCUCAUGUUGUGAUCUCUGGCUCUUGUGGAGUCUUUGAGCGAGUCCUGUCACCCUUUCCCGGGGGCGGGGGGAGGUGUAGCCGCGGGGUGUGAAUGAGGAGUUAAUCGGCGCAGGCCUGGGCCCGCGGACAGGAAAGUGCGGGAUGCAGUCACUGGAGAACCAGGCCUGGGGCCGCCUGAGCCGUAUCGACAGAGAGAGUGAGAGCCACAUCCUCCUGGUGAACAGUGAGUGGACCAUUGGUAGGAAAAAGGGUUGUGACUUGUCAUUUCCUGGCAAUAAACUUGUGUCCGGAGACCACUGUAAAAUAAUUCGAGAGCAAACUGGACAAGUUUGGUUAGAGGAUACAAGCACCAAUGGAACGGUCAUCAACAAAUCUAAAGUAGUGAAGAAACAGACUUAUCCGUUGCAAAAUGGUGAUGCCAUUUAUGUUGUCUACAGGAAGAAUGAACCAGAUCAGAAUGUUGCCUAUUUGUACAAAGCACUGAAUGCCGAAGAGGAAAACAUGGAAGAAUCAACGGGAUCCUCUUGCAGUAUGGUUGAGCAGGUUAUUAAAGAAACCUCAAGCUUGGGCAGCAACAACGACCAAGCAGCAGUUAUUCCCCCACUUUGUUCAAAACAAGUUGAACACCCUUCCCGAGAGGAACCACAGCCAUGCACAUCUUACUACGAUCCAUUCUGUACCUCUGGAGCAAACUCCGACACUGAUCAGCCUAAUGCUUCCAUUGUGGAGCCAUGCACUUCCUCAACAGGACCUGUGCCCACUACUGCUAGAUCUUCAAUGUUUGCACAUGGACCUAAUUGUUUACCAACGUUUUGGACUUCAUGUUCAAAGCUGCCUAAUCCUGCUUUAUCACCUUCAAGGAUUCAAGUGAAUAUGGAAAACACAUCAGGACCUGAAGCCCCAAAGUCAUCUGAUCCAGGUCCUUUGGAAAAAGAAGACCUGGAACCAACCAAAAAGAAACGCAAAAUGGAGACUUGCAGAGUUCCAGAUCCAUUGCUACUCAAUGAGGGUCAAAGUUCAAACAUUACAAAUGAGGAUCAAGUGACCCCUGAAGGAAAGCAGCCAGAUAAAAUGGAGGAAACACUCACCUGUAUCAUCUGUCAAGACUUGUUGCAUGAUUGUGUCAGCCUUCAGCCAUGUAUGCAUUCAUUCUGUGCGGCAUGUUACUCGGGCUGGAUGGAGCGUUCGUCACUUUGCCCAACUUGCCGUUGUCCUGUUGAACGCAUCAGCAAGAACCACAUGGUGAAUAAUCUGGUGGAGGCUUAUCUAUUGCAACAUCCAGAGAAGUGUCGUAGUGGAGAUGAACUGCAAAGCAUGGAUGCCCGAAAUAAAAUCACACAUGACAUGUUACAGCCUAAGAUUAAGCGGUCAUUCUCCGAUGAAGAGGUCAGCUCCGAGGAUUUUCUGGAACUGUCUGAUGUUGAUAGUGAAUCUUCUGAUUUUAGUCAGCCGCAUAUUCUAUGCAGGCAGUGUCCUGGAUAUCGGUCUGAUAGCAAUCAGCCUACUUUCUUGCCAGGUUUCAGAAUGACUACUGAUGCCCCAUCAACUUCCUCCAACAUCCCUGUUGCUGUCCAGGAGUACACCUGCCCUGCUCGAGGUCUUCACUUGAUUUGCACUUGCUGUUUUCAGCCUAUGCCUGACCGGAGAGCAGAGCAUGAGCAGAACCCGACAAUUACACCUCAGCAAUGCACGAUUUGUUUGCGGCCUUUCUGCCACAUGUACUGGGGCUGCACUCGAGUGGGAUGCUCUGGCUGCUUGGCAAGAUUUUGUGAUGUAAAUUUUGGAGAGAAAUGUUUGGAUGGAAUAAUAAACAACAACAGCUAUGAAUCCGAUAUCCUGAAGAAUUACCUUUCAUCAAAGGGCCUUACUUGGAAAGAUAUGCUGCAAGAAUGUCUUUUAGCGCUUCAGAGAGAAAAGUUUGUUCUUACAGAUUAUCAUGUCACAACAAAUGUUGUCCUGUGCUACUGCUGUGGACUGCAUAACUUCCGUGAGCUGGCUUAUCAGUACAGGCAGAAUAUUCCUGCCUCAGAACUUCCAGGAUCUGUAACUGCACGCCCAGAUUGCUACUGGGGCAGGAACUGUCGCACUCAGGUUAAGGCGCAUCAUGCUAUGAAAUUUAACCACAUCUGUGAGCAAACGCGUUUCAAGAACUGAAGAUUCUGAACAACAGAGCCAUAUAGCCCCUGGUGAUGAAGUUAGAGUGACUUUGAACUUCAAAAGUCGUCUUUAGGAAUUUUUUUAUACAAUCAACCUUUUGAGGUCUAGGGGUCGUUGUCAAGUUUAUUAUGACAAAAAGUUGAAACCAAGAUUAACCAUUUGGGAGAGAGUACAUCUCCUUCUCUGCCAUUUGGUGGAAAUCUUGUGCUUUGAUAUUUUUUAAAAAUUCUAUAUUUAAAAGUGCGCACAGUUUCAGAGCAAGACCUGCAAAUAUUUGCUCUGCUGUAUACUGCUGUAAUAUUACAUUUUCCACAUAAAAUUGAUUAUUCUUGAUGUUCUUUUGUUACUGCUGUGCAGUCAAUGUAGGAGUAUAGUUUUUUUAUUGAAGCCUUAGAACAACUGGAGCUGAAACAUUUCUCAAAAAGUGCUUUUGAGGGACAGUUGUCUGGGGAAACUCAGUGACUUGACCAUGGAAGAAACUGAGUUGCAAUGUAAAAUUCUCUACAUUCUGAAGCAUUUCUUGCUCAGCUGACCUUAAAGUGAACAAUAUUUUUAAGAAGUUAAGCAUUGUACCAUUUAAAUUACAGUAAGAUGCAUCUGAAGUGAAAGACUUCCUUAAGUUUUUAUACUGAAAGCCUGCCUUUACUUUCAACUGCAUACUUCCUUCUAAUGCAGUGUUGGUUUUUUGAAAGGGCCUGGGGCCAGCAGCUAAAUGUCUCAGGUAUAUGUGAUGGUUGCUGGUUUAGAAUAUGUUGAUUAGAUGAAACAAAAUCUUCUCAUAAAAAUAAGUGUCACGCCUUAUCGUUUGGAAUGAUUUAGUUUUCAUUUUUUCAGGGAUUGCUCCAACAUUGGAAGUUGUUAUCAGAUUUUCUUGCCGCCUCUUUUGAGGUUCUUCACUUGAGUCACUGUUCUAUGCAGAUCAAAGGACCGUUCUCCAUUUGAGGAGGCUAUAUUACUGGGUGCCAAUAGGCAAUUUGACUCUGGGAGCUUAACAGACAAUCCUGAAACUACCUUUGCAACAUCAGCUGUAGGAAUGCUAGCUGACUUGUAUUUUGCUCCUUAUCAAACAUCAAGGCAUUAAGAACAUUUAGGCAUAGGAUAAGGUCAUUUAGGCCAUCAAAUCUCCUCUAAUAUUUUGAGAAAUCAUGGCUGAUCAGCUCCAAUCUAUAUGUUUGCCUUUGCUUUAGAAUCUUGAUUACAUUACCCAAUCAAAAAAAAUCUGGUAUUGUAAAUUCUAUGGUUUCAGGAAAUUUUGAUUUAUACUACCCCUCGUGUGGGGGAAACAAAACCUUCCUAAUUCCUCUCCUGAACAGCCUGAAUCUAAUUUUAAGAUUUGCAACAACCCAGGAAUGAAGCCCUGUACUGAAACCUUCCUGACUUGAGUGGCUUGGGUACUUUUGGAUAUAAGGUGUUUUUCUUGGAGUGUGGGGGGGCUGUGAAUCUUCUGUGUGAGUAAAAUCAUUGCAGUUCAAACUAAGAGUGGAUGGGCACAAUCAACUGGAACUUAAAUGGAUAAAUUCAUUGUGAGGCACUGAACCCUAAAGGCAGUAAUGUCCCAGGCUAGAUUUCCAGUUCAUAGCGUUAGCUGAUUUUUGUAUGAGACUGAAGGGAGGGUUUUGCACUUGAUUUCAAAAACUCUGGACAAAGUGUCUGCUGUUCACUGACAUGUUGCUGGUUCGUAGUCCAGUUAAGACAGUACUGGAGGUUCAGUACGAUCCAUUUCAUGCUGGGCCAGUCUGCUAACUUGAUAUCUGGUCUUCAAUUAAAAAGUAAUCAUCUGAGUGAGAUGUGGAUCUUUGAUUCAGCGAGGAGAUUUCUGGAGAUAUUGGAAGAAAAUUGAGGUGGAGAAAGGAAGUUACUUUUCAGUAUUUCCGAUUUUUCUUUUGCUAGGCAAGGUGUGCAUUAUAACUUCCACCUGCUUUCAUCCAGAGUGUAGUGGGAGUGUGAAAUGUACUAUCAUGUGGACUACUUGCGAUGAAAUGAAUACAGUAUAGAAGCAUUUACAUUGAUAGGCACAUGAGAAGGAAAAGGAAAUAACUUUUGGUGAUAGUAAAUGGAAUUUACGGCGCAUGACCACUUAUUUAGAUCAGUGAAGCCAAAUGGCUGUUUCUGUGCUGCAAAUUUUAAGCCAUUAUUCAACACUUUAAGUCUAGACAGCUGUCCCAAUUUUCAAGGAAAUAAAGUAUUUCCUUUGGAUCUGUAUCUAAAUCUAGGGAUCAGGGAAUGAAGACUGGUUUAUAAUUUAUUUUAACAAUCUAAAGUACAGUUUCAUCUGUAAAUUAUUAUUGGGAUAAAUAAAUGUUUUAUUAAUGGGAGAAAAAGCCAGAAAAGAAACCGGGUUCAGUGCUCGAGGUGCUGCUCUGGAACAGUUGCUUCUUGGUGAACCAUGUCUUAGUUUAGGUCUCCGGUACAAGCACUUUAUUUGGAUAAAUUGUAAUUGCUAUUGAGUAUUUUUAUCAUUUGAGAUGAGCAAGUGUUUUACCACUGGAAUGUUCCAUUUUGUGUGAACAUUUUAUAGCUGCGUUACAGUCUGAUUUAAGACUGCUAUAAUUUUAAGCAAAACUUGAUGGAACCUAGACUAUUUCACUAUUGACAAUUUUAAUAUGAAUUUUUCCAAGUUUUAAGUUGGUUUUCACUUUCCACCAAUUGGCAUACAUUGUCUUUGGUAGGGAGUAUAGAAUCCAGCCUAUUCCCUUGGAAACUGAGCUUUGAAAGAGAUGUAUGCAAAUGGAUUGAAGUGAUCUCUUUUUUUCUUUAAACAACAUAUAAUCAUAUUAGACUGAACAAGUUUAUUUAUACCAUCAUCCUUGUGCGAGAUCUUUUGAAAGGACAGUCCAGUUAGCCUCACUCCUCUGCUGUUUCUCCACAGCCAAGCACAUUUCACUUUCAAGUAUUUAUCUAGCCUCUUUCGAAAGUUUGUUUCUGUUGAAUCUGUUUUACCCAUUCUUUCAGGCUGCAUGUAUCAGGGCACCAUAACAUUCCGUGUUUAUUUGUAAGAAAUUCUCUGCUCGCUUCUUACCUUUAAUCAAUUACCUGAAACCUGUGAUCUCUAGAAACUCAACUCUAUAAAUAGAUCUUGUCUUAUUUUAAGUACGCAUUUAAUAUGCUUUUGUCCAAAUUUCUUCUAAAGACAGGCAAAGUUUCCCCACAUAAGUAUUUGUUCUUCCCUGGUACUUUUGUAGUGAAUCUUACCUGCACCCUAUAAGGCUUUGUCCUUGCUAGAGCACAGUGCCCAGAUUUGGUAUCCUGUGCCUGUCAUUAUAAAGCCCAAAACCCCAUUGGCAUUUUUAACAACCUACUGAACUUCACAAAUAUUUGCCCAUGUGAAACUUGCAUUCUCUUUCAGGGCUCCAUAAUAAACUGUUCCAUUUUCUUUAAUACCACUUGUCUUCCUUCCAAAUAUAUCAUUGAACACUUCUAUGCGUGAAAUGUCACCUACCAUCUGUAUUCCCAGUUCAUUCAAUCUGUGUCCUCCUAUAGUUUACUGCUGUCCUCCUCAUUGUUUUGUUAGGGGUGUAUGUUCUUUGUCCAUGUUCCCUUUGAUUUUGGACACCUUACCUUUCCUGUCUAGAAAACUGCUAUGAAGCUAGGUAAUGAUUCCAUGAAGUCUGGUGGAUCUCCAUCUUAUUUGCGUAAGUUGGAGCUCCUGCCCACGUUAUGCAGUUCCUACUGAGUUAAUCAUAUCUUCCCACUGAGGCCAUCACCAAAUAACCUAGCUGGCCUAACAUUGCAUCCAUUUGGAUAACUGCUGGCACUUUCCUCAUCUGUUAUUCAGUAGUAUCACACUUAUUUACCAAGUUGGAUUUAUGGACCUGGGCUGGAUUUUGAAUUGUGGGUGACAGGGUUAGUGAUUCUAAGGCACGGCUCCAGAGAGGUUUAGGAAAUCUCAAAUCUCUGCAAUAAUUUUUCGAUGCUACAUUGACACUGCUAAACUGAUGACUGUUGCUUGGAAAAAAUGUGUUUUAUGCUGAUUGAAAGCAGUCUGAAUAAGUAGUAAUAGUUAUAACGCCUUGCUGUACAUUUGAUUAAUGUGUAAAGUCUGUUUUGAACUGGACUUCAGAGCAAUCAUUUAAUCCCCAUUGAGUUGCAGAUUGCUUGGUCUCAUGGGUUUUACAGCUUGCAUAUUUUCCUGUGAAACUCUUGUGAAAGCUUGUUCACAGUCAUCUUUAAAGAGAUAGGGAGAUUUAACAGGUUUAAAAAACGAGGAAACUGGAAUACAGCAGAAGGACAUUUUUACCCCAUAAUGUCUGUUCUGCUGUUUUUAGGGGGAAUUCACCUUGUGCCACUCCCGACCCCUCCCCUCCCCACAUCCCUGCAUAUUCCUCUCCUUCAGAUUUAAGAUUUUUAGGAAAUGUGGAAAAAAGUAUAGAGAAAACAUUUCAUUUUAGGGUACAUGGUUUGUAUCCCUGAAGUUUUUACAAAAUGCUGCAAGUCCACAGCAAUCCAGGGAAGAGAACAUGCAUGUAACAUAACUUGCCUCAACAAAUCAGAGGUGUUGCAGAAGCUGGAAAUCUGAAAUAGAAACAAAUAAAUCAAAAAACAUUGUUUGAAGCUUUACUGACCCGAAACAUUGUAUCUUUCUUUCUCCAGGAAUGAUGAGUGACCUGCUGAGUGUUUCCAGGAUUUUGUCAUCUGCCAUUUUCUGCAUACCUCCAAUAUUCCAUUUCUGAUUUUGUUGAUCAGUGAAGUUAAGUAGUAGGCAUACGUUUCAGAUUUUGCAUGCUCUAAACAAAAGGAAGGUUCCUGGAUUGAAGGAGCUGUUUGUGAUUAGAAUUAGAUUUAUGUAAUCCAAACUCUGAAAGAAGACUGUGCUGUGACUGUUAAAUAUCCAGGAAUAUCGCCAAACGUGGCAAAUCUUGUGUCACAUGCACGUUUUCUUAUUCUUUUCAUCUAUGCAGUACUUUAUUAUGUUGUCAGAAUAUACAAAUGCUUUGCAACAAUGCACAACAUUUCCUAUAUGGUCACUGUUCUGUGCAAGCAGGAUUGCCAGCAGAAAGAUCUCACAAACAGCAGAGAUUUUGUCACCAGCUGGCCUGCUUGAUGAGAUUUGGUGAAAGGAAUGUAAAAUAGAAUAUGGGAUGUAUCCCACAAAUUGGCAUCUCAAACAUUGCUCUGGUGGUCAACACACAUAAUCCAAGCCCAUGUUUCAGUGCAAUGUUCAACAUUAAUCUAAAGUUCCACAAUGAAUACAACUAUAUAUCCCUGCUGCUACAAGCAGCUUUAUUUAAAGUAGGCAUUGUAACUAACAGCUCAAUCCAUGCAAUAUUGUAUUAUUUUGUAUAUUUUUAAAGUUCUGAAUCAGUGCUUCUAAGUGGUGUUUUCCCUGUUGGUUUAUGGAAUUCCACAGUGGUACUCGAAACCAAAGCAAAAAGAAGAUUUACAAUGUUUUGUUCCUGUCAUAGCUGAUUUUUCAUAAUUGUUUCUUUUGCAGUAUCUCGGUAGCAAGCACUAGUUAUAAGACCAUAGCGCACAUGGGCAGAAGUUAGGUAGGUCAUUUGGCCCAUCGAGUCUGCUCUGCCAUUCAGUCUCAGCUGAUAAGUUUUUCAACCCCAUUCUCCCACUUUCUGCCUGUAACCCUUGAUCUACCCUUGAUUUCCUUGACAAUCAAGAACUUAUCUAUCUUUGUCUUAAAUGUCCGAGAUCUGCUCCCAAAGCAUCUCUAAUACUAGCAGCCAGCAACAGCUGCUAAUGUUUAUGUUGUGUCUCUAACUUGGAAAAACAUUCCAAGAGAUUACAGGUACAUCACUGACAUUGUCUGUCUGCUUUGUAGCACUAAGCACAAAUCAAAAGUCCUCCUUUGCCUGUGGUGCUCUUUAGGAUGUCAGAGGAUUAUAAAAUUAAUGAAAUCAAGAGCACUAACAUGUAAAUGAUCUGGCAUAUCUCAACUGCUGUUAGGAUCUGUAUUAACUUACUAUGCAACUUUUCCCUUUACGAAAAGUAAAUGUUUGUAGCAGAUAAGAUCAAAACUUCAUUUCCCACAACUACCGAGGGAGUUUGUAGCCAAUGAAAGCAAUGAAUCAUCCUAUCCUCUCUAAAAUUUCAGCUAGUCUUGAAAUAAAGAAGUGUUGAACUUUUGUUCUUUGUCUAGUGACGUAAUCCAUCCCCUUUGGCCUUCCAAAUUUCCUCACUUCUUGACAACAGUCAUUUCAGCCUCAACCACCGAAGCAGAAAACAUUAUUUUUAAACUGGGUAUGUUGAAAUUAAUAAAAAUAAAUUAAGAAACCUUUUGAAGCUUUCGGUAUGUUAAACACAGUAUGAUAUCUGGGAUGUUUAGUGAAAAGAUCACAGAAAAGCAGGAAUGUAAUAAACAAUUGCUUUAAUUCUGUUUGACUCUAGGUUGGUACAAAGAGGUGAUUGCUGAAGUAGCUAUUACAUGAUUCAGUUACAACCACAACAGAAUUUUCUUUUGGACAUAAUUUAUUUAAUUUGUAUACCAGUUGAGCCUCAUGGAAUUGGGAGUAGAUGCUUCUGUGUCUUGGUCUGGAAAUGUCUAUCAAAUGAUACUGACAAUUAGUGCUACUUCAAUUGUAAACCCUGUGGUGUGACUUUGAUAUGACUGACCUGGGUUUGGAACACUGUGAUUGAACCAAAUGAGUUACUGCCCUCAUUCAAUUUUGCUCAUUGUUUGAUGGGAUGAAAUUGAAUAAAAGCUUUCUUGUCCAAUUGGUUUCUUCCCCUAGAUGCUGUGCCAGUUGUUGCUUUAGAUUUUGCUGAAGAUUUAUAAACCAUUUUCUCAAUAAUAUAGCUUCUGUUGACUCUCCUUUUUCCAUUCUUUUGUUAGAGAGCUUCACGAUUUGUAAUUGUUUAGAGUAGAAUUGCUCUUACUAGUUCAGUUAAAUUACAUAGUCUUAGCUUACCAUUUUGGAGGAAUCUAUGCCUUUAUCUUUCAAACUGGUUUCCAAUGCAACGUCAUUGGUUAGAAAAGUUACAAAGUUAGAGCACUGAAAGAGGCCAAAUGAUCUAUUAGUAGGUCCAAAUUGUUUUUGCUUCAAAUGAGCCUUCUCUCAGCCUUCGUCUAAUCCCUUCAAUGUAACUUUCUAUUCCUUUCCCUCUCUCGAUUUCCUCUUAAAUAUGUCUGCUAUUCCCCUCAACCUCUGCUUGUGGUGGCUCUGGAUUUUCCCCUGAAUUCCCAAUUGGAUUUAUUAGUGACUAUUUUCUGUUGACAGCCCCUUGUUUUGGAGACUACAUAUGGAAAAAUCCUGUUCAUGUCGCCUCUGUCAAGCCUCUUCCUUGAUGUCAAAUGGCUUUGUAUCAGGUCACACCUCAAUCUUUUGUUUUCUGAAGAGAGCCAACUUAUUCAGUCUUUCCUGAUGGAUGUCACCUCACAUUUCUAAGUCACUUUUUUACCUUCUUUUGUGCUUCUAUAGUCUUUGUAUAAAAUGGAAACCAGAACUGUUCACAGAAAAAUGUAUAAGUGUAGCCAAAAUUCCAUACAGGUUUAACAUAAUUUUUCUAAUUUUCAAUGUUAUCUUGUAGAUAUGAACCCCAAUGCUUGGUAUGUUUAUUUCAUUUAUGGCAUUAUUAAUGUGUUGCCACUUCUAAUGAUUCGUACACCUAUACUCAGUUUUUUCUGCUCCAUUACCCAUGUUGGAUGCUUAAUUUUCAAUGAGUCCUGAGUUCUUUUUGUUCUUCCAAGUGUACACCUCGGCUUUAACCAAAUCCAAAUUUAUUUAACAACUAUAUGUCCACUAUUAAGGCCUUCCUCCGUAUUAUAUGUAUUCCACCCCCUCCCCCUACUGCCAAAUUUGGCAAUAUCCACCAAUUCUGAAAUUGACCUGUUUGCAAAGUUGCAUGAAACAUGCUUUGAGAACUGGUAGUUAGUCCUUCUGGAAGCAAUGCCAGUUUUGAGGGAGAUUGUAUUUAGUUUUUUGUUUUUAUUAAUUCAUGGAAUUUGGGUAUUUAUUGCCCUUCUGAAUGCGCCCUUGAAGGUGAGGCGAGCUGCUGCCUUCCACUGCAGUUCAUGUGUAAAUGCUCCAUGCUGGUAGAGAGGCUGACACAAGAUUUUGACCAUGAUAGUGAAUGCGGUGUCAAGUUAGGAUGGUGUCUGCAUACGUAUGAACUCAAAAUAAUCUGUAUUCAUCUGUGAUUUAACAAUUGACUGAAAAAAUUAACAUUAAAGUAACUUUAGACUUAAAAAUCUGAAAUUGAGAAGGGCUAAUUUGAAUUUUGUUUUAUUUUUAUCAUCCCACCAAAACCCAUGUCCCGAUUUUUAAGCAUUUAAUCCUGAUCAUAGCUGGUCUUUUGGUUCACUUAAUUGGGUUGUAUGUGCUUGUGACAAUGGAAUCCCUAUUUAACUGGUAUAAAAGGACCUGUAAUUUGACCUAAUUGCAUGUGUGGGCAGACAAAUUAAGAUUUCAAUUUUAAGUUCCCCCUUUGAAUUUGGAAUUAAAGCAAUCAUUUAAAUGAGCAAGAUUGUGCAAUUUAUUUCCUUUGUACUAGCUGUAUCAAUGACAGUGUGCAUGGUUAAUAAUGUGGGCCAGCAAUUCCAAAGGGACUCACAUCUGACUUAAUUCCAAUCUCGGAGAUAUGUGUUCUAUAAAUCUAUACUAUGUGUUACUGCGUCAAUUUAUUUCUGAGCACAAUUCUGACAGUCUUGGAAUUGCAAAUAAGCUUUUGGCUGCAGUUUUUCAAACUUUAUGCCUCAAUAAAUUGCUGUGUUUAUUGCUUAUCUUAAAUCCUGUGUUGCAUUUUUCUUCUGACAUGGUUGUUUAAACUGGAAUCAGCUGACUAUGUCAGAGGAAAUCAGAACAAUACAUGGUAUGAUAUCAUAACUGUGUAGGGUUAAAAUUGACAAAUCCAAUAUUUUUCUGUGUUGGCUUCUUAACAUUUUAAUUCCAACCAAAGGAAGUUGAGUUAAACAUUUUGGUUGUCUUUAUCUCUGGAUAUGAUGCUGGAAUCUCUGAAAGCACUUGAUUUCUCUGCUACUGGUUUAAGAACCCAUCACAGCCAUAUUCUUUUCUCACAAUCAUGCAGUCAAUGUAACUGUUUCAAAGGCGUAACAAUUUUUUUAUUGGCCAAGGCUGCAGAUAGUUUAACAAUACUAAGUAGCUUGCAUCCCUGAUGGUAAUAAUAACUGUACACCACCUGGUUUAUUUUUGUUCCUCCUAAAAGCAAAUUCAAACUGAAGGUGAAGCACAGAUCCUCUUUUGGUUCUGCAGCAAAUGAUAAAUUCAAAAAUAUUAAUGUCAAAAAUUUAGCUGAGACAGUGGCUUUUUUUCUCAAUAAAAAUAAGUGUCACUAUGUACAUUUGGAUAAAAGCGCUGGAUAAAAGCAAGAAAGAGCACUGGUUUCAGCCUGGAAUACCUUGGGUGUUGAUUAUUGACAAACUCCCAAAAAUAAUGAAUUCUGCUCAGAUUUAAUUUGUGUUAAUCUUUGGUUAAACAUUAAAACUGCAUUCUUUUAAAUGCAUAAAUCCACCAUUUGCAAAUGACCUCAAUUGGUUCAACAUUAGCAUUGUGACAUUUCACUUCUUUCAAAACUUGUGAAACAUGUUGUGAUCAUUUAAAGACAAAAUUAUUCUCUUACUGCUCUAUUUCAAUGACUAGUGCGACUUCUGUUUCUGUAAGUACCCAUGAAACAGACAAUCCUCAAUCCUGGAAUUUAUAUAAUAAAGGCAGCAAGCUUCAUACAACAGACUUUGGAUAUGUCUUUCUUUCAGUUUGUUUCCAGGCUGGUUGAUAUGUUCCAAAUGAUAGUUUAGUGCAGGAUAUAGGCAUCUAAGGUUGGUGCACCAUCAUUCGAAAGAUCAGUGGUCAAAAUCAAGCAGAAAAUCUGGUGCGACCUCCCUGAUUGACUUCAUUUGUGUUGGUAUUUUCAUAGAUCCUUACAGUACAGGAGGCCAUAUGACCACCGUACCUGUGCUGGUUCUUCAAUAGCUAUCCACUUAAUUACAGUCCCCUGUUCUUACUCUAUAAACCCUCAGUUUCUCUUUUGAAGUAUAUGCAUCAAACUUUCUUUUGAAAAUGAUUAUUGAACCUAUUUUCACUGCCUUUUCAGACAUAAUGUGGUGUAUUUUGUGUUCAAGUGUGUUCUGUAUGGUGCCUCACCUCAUGAGAAAUAGCCAUUAUUGCAGAGGCUGCAUCUCAUUUUCUGA